CUUGUGGCGUGUGCCUUUAUUCUCUCAAUAAAAAAAACAAAAACGAACAAUACUAACGUAUCGACCAAACAUCGAAUUAUAGGUUAAAAAAUCUGUCUCUCUGUGUAAAUACAUCAAUAUCUCAGUAGUUUUUAAUAUGUUAAGAUAGAAUGAAAACUGAUAAACAAAGAGCGGAAAAUUUACUUCAAGAAGAAGCAUGACUCUCUUAAAUUCAGUAUUCUCAAUUUAGUUUUUUUUGAAAUGAGGUGGAAGAAGGCUUGAGACAAAACAUUAAAAGACUAGAGCUUUUAGCUCGGGGAUAUUGGAAAAAUUUACCAUAUAACAAUAAAACGAACACAGACUUAAAAAUGUUCAAAAAUACUUUUCAAAGUGGGUUUCUGUCCAUUCUGUACAGUAUUGGCAGCAAACCUCUGCAAAUCUGGGAUAAGAAGGUGAGGAACGGACAUAUCAAGAGAAUAACCGAUAAUGACAUUCAGAGUCUUGUUUUGGAAAUAUUGGGCAGCAAUGUUAGCACAACAUACAUUACAUGUCCAGCGGAUCCAAGAAAAACUUUAGGUAUCAAGUUACCCUUCUUGGUUAUGAUAAUCAAGAAUUUAAAGAAGUACUUCACAUUUGAAGUUCAGAUAAUUGAUGAUAAAAAUGUACGUCGUAGAUUUCGUGCUAGCAAUUACCAAUCUACAACAAGAGUAAAACCAUUUAUUUGUACUAUGCCAAUGAGAUUAGAUGACGGAUGGAAUCAAAUACAAUUUAAUUUGGCUGAUUUCACACGCCGAGCUUAUGGAACAAAUUACGUGGAGACAUUAAGAGUUCAAAUUCAUGCUAAUUGUAGGAUACGACGAGUGUACUUUUCUGAUCGAUUGUAUUCAGAAGAUGAAUUGCCGUCAGAAUUCAAAUUAUUUUUGCCAAUUCAAAAUAAAGCGAAGUGUUAAGAAUUAGGGAUGAAGUGUCUUUUAAGUAAAAAUAUUGUCUGAUUACAUAAGCAUUUCUUCAUGACCGGCCCAGUGGUCUCGCACCCUGAAUGCGAUGCCUGUGAGCAGGAGGUCCCCGAGUUUGAAUCCGUCGGAUUUUUCCGAAUCCACACUCUCUUUUAAGUCGAGUUUAUCGAUUGAAAAAGCAAACUGAAUCUGGUUUCUCGAAUCAGCUUAAAAUUGAGUGCGAGAGAUGUGGAAGAGGAAUAUUAAAAAAAAAAAAUUGUAGCCUUAAAGGGAAUCAAUAAAAAUCCCUUUAUCCUUAUCCCAUAAGUAUCUCUUCAAUAUUUGAUUUAUUCCUUUGAGAAAAUGAAAUAGUUUUAUACAUUAUUUAUUACUUUUGUAACACAAACUGUCUCACCAUCUUUAUGAGUAGAAGAAAAUAUUAUUUUUCAUUUA